AUGGAAUUUAGGAGUUCCGAGAUCGCCAAGGAGGUCUCGGACAUGCUUGCCUCUCGCUACUCUAGUUCUGAUGGGGAUCAAUUAGCUAUUUUCGAAUCAUCAUGGGAACAUUCUUCUGAAGCAAAGAAAUUUCUCGAGUAUCGCAAUCAGAUUAGACUUCAUCAGUUUUUGAUGAGUCUUCAUGAUGAUUUUGAACCAAUCCGUAGUCAGCUUCUCCAUCGCUUACUUCUUCCAUCACUUAAUCAAGCUCUCAAUGAACUUGUUCGAGAAGAGACACGCUUGCAGACUUGUCACUCCCAAAAUCAUCUCACUGUUUUAGCCACACCAUCUUCUCCUCAGUCAGUGCCAUCUCAGUCAGCACCAAAUCGCCCCGCCUCAUUUUUUGUACAAAAUCGACGCAACAAUAAUAAUCAAUCUGGCUCCAAUAGAUGCAACAAUAACAAUCAAUCUGGCUCCCAUGGACGUAACAAUAACAAUCGAUCUAGCUCUUAG